AUGUCGCGCAAUACCAGCCUGACUCCUGAUCAACCUGGACGGUGGGUCGUCACCAAGUUCGGUGGUCCAUCGGUCCUCAAGUGGGAAUCCCAGGAUAUCGAUCGCGAGCUUUUGGCCGAUGAGGUCCUAGUGCGAAUUAUCACCGCCGGCAUUGCUGGCGUUGAUAACAUACAGCGCGUGGGCGGCUACCCUGACCCUCGUUGUGCCAAACCCGGGUUUACGCCAGGCUAUGACUUCGUUGGCGAAGUUGUUCGUCUGGGUCCCUCAGCGAUUUCCUUGGGUAGCCUCGCCAUUGGGGACCGAGUCGCCUCGAUGUGUAUACUUGGUGCCCAUGCAACCCACAUCAUCAUCUCUUCUACCGAACUCAUACGCAUCGACUCUCAGGACGACCCAGUUAAGAUAUGCGCCUUACCUCUCAACUAUAUGACGGCCUGGGGCAUGCUAAGACGCAGCGGCGUCGAGCUUAAGCCCGGUGACGCUAUCCUCAUUGGCUCUGUUAGCGGCGGUGUCGGUACAGCCGUGGCACAACUGGUCCGUGCAUUCGAUAUGGACUUGAAGAUGAUUGGGACAUGCUCGCCGCCAAAGUUCGAAUACGUCAAGUCUCUCGGUGUCAUUCCCAUUGACCGCUACGCCUCAGAUCUCGUGGAUCAGGUCCGCUCGUUAACCAAUGGCGAGGGCGUAGAUGUGGCUUACGAUGCUGUCGGUAGCGAGGAGAGCCUACAGCGAAGCCAUCAUGCCACCAAGAAACAUGUUGGCCAAGUGAUCUCCGUCGGAGUCAUGGACGGAAUUCAGGAAAGCGGCAACGGCCUCCGUCAUACGCCCCAACAACUAUUUCAACUUCUUUCUUCGCGGAUGCCGCCCCGAUCGAGCUUCUUCAGCGUCGUGCCACCUGACAACAGCGAGUUAAAAGAUCUCUUUGUUGACGAUUUUAGGGCAAUUGUGGACAAGGUCCAAGCGGGAAAAUUGAGCCCUGAAAUUGUCAAGCUGCAUCGAUUGGACCAAGCUGUAGAGGCACACCAGGCUAUCAUAUCUGGUAAAGAUAUCAGGGGCAAGAUGGUAUAUGUUGUAGAUGGAGAGCUAGCAGCUAAGAACGGUCUUUAUUAA